AUGGGACAGAUCUCCUGCAAGAAUUGUAGCACAGGCACUUACGUUUCAGAGGAACGUCAUCCUGGCAAAACCCCAACUGACUGUCACGCAUGUCCUUACGGUAAGAGCAAAGUUUCUGUAAAACAUUCAAAGUUUCUUGGUAUUGCGGGUGGCAGGGUUCGUACAGAGCCUUGAAUUCUUUAAAAAAGUCUUGAAAUUUACCCAGCAAUUUUCCAUACCUGUAAAAGAGUUUGGAAAAUGGAAAGAAAGUCUGGAAAAAUGGUUAAUUUUUUUUUUCAAAGCUACAAUCUUGGACAAAACUGUUGAGAAAAUUGUAUACUUGGACAGCAUUUUCCUAAACAUCGUAGCUGUACCGGUUCUUCCCUCUCCCCCUUCCCCUGAAAGCAUUGUUGUUGUGUAUUCAAAAGAAAGCCUGAUCCCUGGGCGUUUUUGGGAAGCAACAUUGAAUUGGGGGAAGGGGAUUUCUUUCCGCAAAGAAGUCGUUUUAAAAAUAGUUUUGGUGCGUAGGACAGUGGCAUGAUGGGGAAAACUUUCUCAACUAGUUUUGUCCGGGAUUGUAGCAACAAGUUCUUGAUAAGUGAAAUCUUUUUUCGUAUUUGUCAAAUCUUAUUCAAUCUCGCCCGUGCGUUAAAGCGCAUCAUAAAGAAAACCUUUACUUCCUAAGUUUCUUAAGGUCUCCUUUGAUCACCUGUUUGAUAAUCUUGUGUCUGGAAAAAAAAAUCAUUAUUUUGGAAAAAAAAGUCUGGAAGAAGUGUUGAAGUUUGGAUUCAAAAAUCUGUACAAACCCUGGAGUGGAGCUAUCACUAAAUAAAGCGAUACCUCCAAACGAUUGAAACGACAUCAAACAAUAUCCACACCAAAACACAAUACCUAACCAACAUUAGUAAACAUCCACUAUUAAUACUUUCGCAAAUCCGUUAUUGUGAUUACCUAACGUACUCAGUUACCAUGAUGACGGCUCAAACUAGUUCAGUAAAUCGGGACAAUCAAUAGCGCGAAGAUAAUACUAUUAGCUAAUCAGAGAACUGGAAACAAUUCAAAUGUAUGCACUGUUUUCUUGUUGGCUGCAGUUAAUCAAACUGCACGUCUUAAUAUAUAACGUUACAGAAUAGCGCCUAUUGAAACUAUUUUGACCUGAUAAAAUAUUUUAAGGAUUUCAGCCAGUAGAAUGGCGUGUCUGUAAAACCAAGAACAGGCCCGGAACACCCCAGAAAACUCCGACCCAGAACACCCCGGAAAAUCCUUAGAACACCCUGGAACACCCCAAGAACAACCUCAGAACACCCCUGAAUACCCCGUAACAUCCCCUGGAAGGAUGGAAUCCCCGGAACACCCUAAAAUACAAAAAUAAGACAAAGAAAAAUUUCCAACACCAAAAAUUUGAAAACAUUAUCAAUGAAUAAUCAAUGUUUUAUCUGUAACUGAUAAAAAGGUAGAUCACAUGGGUCAGAUUGACGAACUCACGCUGCUUAACGACUUCUGUAGUCUCCCUCACAGCCGUUUCUGCCUUGUCUUUGCCUGGGAAGAGCGUUGCGGGACAUUUGUGUUGUGUGAAGUAAACAAAGAAAAAAUCACCUUAAUUUUGGGAACAGGGGUCUUUUUUGCGUAAGCAUGCGCGACGGCGACUUGAUAAAGAGCACGCGACCAGUGACAGCCACCGUGGUGAAUCAGGUCAUAGGAACCAAAUUCUUCACUUUGAAAGCUUGCUUGAGAUUCAAAUGGUAGCAGGAACGUACGGGAGAUCUUCAAUUCGUUGUACAAAAUAAGUAAAGAUCUGGUGAUUUAAAGUGGAGACGAAUGCGCUGAACGAGGUGAAAGAGCAAUUUUCUCAAGGAUGUCUGACACGAAUGGCUGCUUGUUGUUGUUUGGCGCUCGACUCGUGUCUUGAUUCCCUUUGAAGAACCGCAACGUUUGGCAUAGAAUGCAUUGCUGAUGGGUAGAUAUCAAGCAAAAUGUUCCUUAUUUAGUGUUUGUCUAUAAAACGGAUGUAAAUUAGUUUCUCGAUGCCGUAGAGAAUUUUUGUCAAUAAUUUGUGGAUAGCUGAUUUAGCCAUAUUUCAGGAGUGGAUUGAUAACGAUCAGAGGGCGACUACCACGCCACGUGGGGUAAUUUUCACGCGCGCUCGCGUUUCCCUCGCUCUACUAUCCCUGAGGAAAAAUGGGGACUUCUUGUAGUCUAUCCUCGGUACUUCGCGCCUCGUUGACGCGGCUUCGCCGCGAACCAUCAGUAUCAAUGAGAAAAAAAAUAUCCCCUGGAACCCAAGGUACACAUUUUGUUAAAUCACGAGCACAUUCGCCAAGACCAAAGAGCAAAUAAUCUCGAUGAUAGCUUUGAGACGCGCCAUCUUCAUGAAGGCAGACCCUGUGGUGAGCCUCGAUGCAAAUCGCUUGUUAAGCGGUCGCGCAUGCUCAUGCAAAAAAGACCCUGCUGGUAAAAACUAGGUACGUGUAAGUGUGCUGCUACAGCGGUGGGCAGUCCGGUUAAAAGUCCCCAAAUAUUCUAGAAUUACAAUGGCUGCUUCGUAUUAACAGCUUUGUUGGGAUUUGUGGAUUAAAGAACGAGGUAUAUUACAUGACUGUAAAGUGGAUGAUCCAGUUAUGACUUCAUACAAAAUAUAUUCAAGAUCGACGUGGCAAUCGUCGAGAUUACUAAGAUCGUUCAGAACGCUGGACCUAUUUUAGAAAUGGCAGCAAUAUAAUCCAGGCAAAACGUAUCUUUGAAGAAAGUGGGCUCGAAGAGCCCUCUAUCCUAAUUUUCAAGCUUUUUUGUUGGUUUGUUUUUGUGUGUUUUUAUUAUAUACCUGGAUUUUUGAAAACCAUGUUAGCAAAAAAAUCAGCUCAUUCUACUGCUUGGCAAUUUAAAACAAUAAAAAAUCAUUCAAAGGCCAAUUAAAAGCUUUUCUCUGACGCCGGGUAGUACGUUAGAGGUCCCUAGAGGCAUUUCAACGAGUCCAAAUUAAAAUGACGCACAUUUUAGAACAUUUAUUCAGUAAUCUGACGCCGUGAAGUUUCAAACCGGUGUCACUUCAGUCUCGAAAUUUUUAACUUGAAUCGUGAACUACAGCCAAAAAGUACACGGUUAAGGCUCACACAACAACUUAAAUAGUUAGCAAAACACCACUGUUUUCGCGGUCCGAUAAUCGACAGGAUUUCGCAUGGAAUAGACAACAAACUAAUUAAAACAAAUAGUACACAAAUUAUCACCUUGUUAUCUGCAAAAACCGACCUAAAUGGUUCAAAGCUAAGAACUCGCUGAAACUAGACCUAGAUCCAAUUCUCCUGUGUCUAGAAUUGGUUUUGCAAGGUACAAUCAGCUAAGCUAAACACCGACGAAACGUUUUUGUGGCUGGCACAGAAUAUUUUGGUGCCACAGCUCAACCACGCGGCCACACACCUGAGUUCUACCUGUCAACACCAUGCGGAAAUCACACAACACGGUGGGGCCAAACAACCCCCCAAAGGGCUUAUCAAAACGUGACUAUUUCGAUUAAUUUAAAAUAACUUUGCUUGCUUUAACUCUUUCCCAACCAAACUUGGCCUGAAAAUACAAAACGUCACGCCAAUCAAAAUGGCUCAUAGGAUGACAGCAAAUGUCAAAUUAUGACGUCACAUUUGCUGACGUCAUUCAUACGUAAAUUUUAAACUUUUGAAUCUCCCAAUUUUUCUAUUGCUUUUGAAAGAACUAUUCAAGGGAAGUUGAAAACUAAAAAUUUUUUUUCAAUAUCUCAAAUAUAAGCAGAGAUAUGACAUUUUGAAUUUGAAUAAAUUCGGAGCACAGAAACGGGGUACCCCCCUUGUAAAAUAAGUCUAAAUUAAAGAGUAUUAUUGUCGAGUCACCCUUGCUAUUUAAGUUACACAUAACACAUCUUUACUGCCGAAAGCUAAAGGAAAAAGAAAAAUUGGAAAACAGAAAUUCCUAACUGCGCAAAAACCCGGAAAACAGUUUUGUGACGCCAUAAAAUGUUAUGAGACCAAUUUUUUGGUUUGCUUAAAUUGGUGUUUUUGAGUCAAAAAACAAAGAUCUAAAAUGAUACGAUUUUGGCCAACUAUAAAAAGUUUGUGUCACCGGAAAAUCAGCUUAUUUUGCAGACAACUGAAAACAAUAUCAGAAGGAUCGUUUUUUAAGGAAAAGUAUGGUUCUGGGGGGUGCAGUCAAAUUUCUUUGAAGUCCCAUAACUCGUGUUUUACGUGCCGUAGCCAAAAACGGUUUUCGCGGCUUUACUCCUCUUCUAAAAAGCACUUUCAAAUGAUAUAAGUUUGACUUUGAGAUUAAAAACUCCAUUUAACCCAUUUUGGUGACGUCAGCCUUUGUGACGUCACAAUUUGACAAUUGGCGUAAAAAAAAAUUACUAUCAUUUGGUCAACAACCGUAGUCUAUCUGGCAAGUUUGGUCGAGAAAUGAAAAGAAAUGUAAAAGAUACGUAAAUAUAGCCUUAAUAAGCCCUUUGGGGGGUGGUUUGGCCCCGCCGUGCAAUCACACACUUUAGCGGCACUGAUACGACUAUUCACAACCACGUAUAAUCUUCUCACGUUCAACGCAAACUCGGAUAAACUCAGCCUAUUGGCAGAUAAACACCUUUUGACUUUUCUCUUACACUCGUCUUAUUCAAGUUUCCGGAUGUACAGUCACACGGUCGGCAGACCAGCAUAGACCCUGUUUUCACACCAAAAAAAAAACGCUCGAUAUUGAAAGAUGCAGACUCCGCGAAUCGUAUUAACUUUCACCCAUCUCAGAGCUUUACAUGAUGUUCUCCAAGAAACUUUUCUCAAGGUGACCAAUAACGAAAUGUGAACUGCUUUACCGCAAAGAACCAGCUUUUUUAUAGGCGCGCACUGAUUUCAAAUAACUGUCACUUGUGUUAGACAGAGAAUUGUGGGUAGGGACGGGAAAAAAGUGAAAAAAGGGAGGGAGGGAGAGGGGGUUAGAUAGAAAUACGCGAAAAUCUGUCUACAGCCACUUCUACAAAAAUCCCUAACCAUAAAACAACCAAAAAAAGGACAUAAGCAAACAACAGUAAACAAGCUAAGACAGGGGAAGUUGAGAGAAAUUACAAAAUGUUUGCUAACCCUGUGGCAGAUAUAUAGAUUUAAGCUAAAACAGUUGAAUAAAUACAACAAUUACGUGAACCAUUUUAAACUAUGUUAUUGAGAGGUUGCUUGUUCCGUGGUUGAAGCUUGUUUCAAAUUUCUCAGCACUAAAUCGUUUUACUUGUGUAUGGCUAGGUACACUUUCCAAUGAAACUGCUGGUCAUCGCGCAUGCAAAUGCCUUCGCGGAUUUUACCGCAUGGAUCGUUUUGGCUCCUGCUCUGAAUGCCCUUCUCACGGUAUAAAGUGUGUCAACGAUACAGCAAUUCUAGCACCAAAUUAUUAUUGGAAAUGGCCAAGUGAAAAGGAAAAACGGUUUUAUAAAAACUUCCUCGAAAAUAUUUACUCACUGGAGCCUCCAUACGACAAAAGAUUCUCCAGGUUUCAGGGAACGCUACCCCAGCCCCAAAAAUGUCCAUAUCCUAAAUCCUGUAAUGGUGGAGUUGACUCAUCCUGUCAAGACAGGUUCAAAGGAAUUUUAUGUGCCUCAUGCUCUAUCAACCACUACUUCCGAUUUAACACGUGCCUCGAAUGCCCAAGAAUGAUUAACACAAUCAUAUCAUGCGUAGUCGUAGUUCUGGUAUUUGUUGCGGUGUUUUUAGUGGUUCUUUGGGGUGACUCGAAACGCACAGAAAACAAUCGUACGGUUGCAGAUGUCGUUAUGUCUUGUUGCAAAAUUGUUAUUGGAUUUUAUCAAGUCAUUGCUGGAAUCUUUUCUGCGCUUGUGUAUGUUCGAUGGCCUGUUAUUCUAAUCUCCAUGGAAAAAUAUUUGAACGUUGUUGAGGGUAACAUACUGAAGUUUGCACCUUUAAGCUGCAUUUACUCUAAACUGCGCCCGGAUCCAUUCCUACAAUUUUCUCUCGCUGUUGGCAUGAACAUAUUUGUUGUUUCUCUUAUACUUCUCUACCUCUUCCUGAAGAAACGCCACAUAAACAAUAUGGAGGAUUCAAUGAGCGAAAAGAUGAUCCAAAUAUCGAGGCUGAAAAAGUCUUGCUACCGCAACAUAUUCUUAUUUCUUCUGUUGUCUUACCCGGUGACAAGCAAGAAGAUCAUUGACAUUCUGCCGUUGCCUGGUGUAUGUGUUAACGUGUGCUUCAGUAAAAGCGAUUGUGUCUCCCUACUGAGGGCUGAUUACUCCAUCCACUGCUUUACGUCUCGGCACAAGAUCUUCUGGAAAAUUGCUGCAGUGUUUGCCUUUUAUCCUAUUGCAUUUCCGUUAAUGCUGCUUCUUCCCAUUUAUAAAUACCGACAGGCGGAAACGGAGAAAGAAAUUGCCUUCGGCUUGAGGGUGUUUUUUGAAAAUUACAAGGAGAAAUACUGGUUUUGGGAAACACUUGAAAUGUACCGCAAACUUCUCCUUAUCUCCUUGAUUCUUCUUUUUGGGUCAGAAAGCCACUCUCAGAUUGGUUUCACUUUGGUUAUAACAAGUGCCUCGGGGAUAGCCUACACCCUUUUCAGGCCCAUCAAAGGAAAGUUUGAAGAUCGUCUCCAAACGUUUGUGCUUUGGAUAACAUUUUUCAACGUUUGCCUUGGCUCUUUAUAUGGUCAGUCUGAUGGAAGGAAAAAACACGUGGAAAACGACUCCAUUUUCAUCAAUGUUUUGUUCCUUCUCCUUAACAGCUCCGUCUUGAUCGUGGCUGCAGGUGAGUUCUGCCUUUCACAGACUCCUUAA